AUGCGGACGGUGUCGUACAUGGUCAUAGUGCAGUGCUUGUUCGUGUGCGACGUGGCGCUCGCUCAGCGCUCAAUUAGACAAGUUAGGGAUAUUUUCAAGGAAUUGAAGGAUCUUCUUGGAGGAGACGUGUACAAGACAAACAAGGGACAGGUCAACAACACAGUCCAAGUUAUAGAGGGAUCAGUAAAAAAUACAGCGGAGGUCACACUAGCCAAAUUCCAGUGGUCUACAGCAGGAACAGGUUCAGACAAACACGUCAUCGUGGACAGUCUGGUGUCAGAUGUCUAUGUGGAGGCUCAAGGAGAAACACAGACCCCAUCUCUGGCCUUUUAUCAUCCAAAUGGAAGCCUGUACUCCAGAUUUGAAGAGACGCGGGCAGGGACAUUAGUUCGUCGCUAUCAUAUAGCAAAUGUCACCCCAGGCAUGUGGACAAUACGGCGACAGAUCAAAGACACGUACGACCUUGAGGUGACAGGGAGAAGCACGCUGGACUUUACCUAUCAAUUCAUGGACCCUGACACCGGGGACAUGUUCCCCUUAACAGGACUACCAAUACCUGGCACGGCAGUGAAACUUGAUACGCGACUCACAGCAAUAGACGACAUAGCCAACGUGACCAGGGUAAGCCUCGUUGACGGCACUGCGCGGGAACUAUAUGGUACGACUCCUGUCCAGGGAGCCGGGAAAAAUAGAAAUACCUUUCGGUCCUCAGUGACGAUUCCAGAACAGCCUUUCCGAAUCUCUCUACAAGGAACAGACAGGGUCGGUUAUAUUUUUGUAAGGCAACAGUCGGCCGCCAUUUCGCUGCAAAAUACUAUGACAACGACUUGCGUACACGUAUCAUCAAGUACGUUGACUACAGCACACCCUACCGUCGAGGAACACAAGAAAAACCAACAGGGAGGGUCCACCUAUAAGCCUACCACAGUCACCAGUCUCUCAGGCGGCCCGUCCAUUACACACACGUUAUUUCCAAAUGUAUUACUGGCACUCAUACUGCGGUGGUGCGUAAGUUAA